AAAACAUUGCGAGGUCCCCUGGGUGCUCCCUUUGCCAGAGGGAAGGACCAAGUGCCACGGCAGCAGGGUUUUUCUUUCUCUGAUUCUGGAAGGUGCUAGACAAAAAUAUGGAACUAAUUUUCCCAUCAGUGAUUAUAAUCCUGGGUUGUAUUGCUCUGUUCUUACUCCUUCAGUGGAAGAACUUGCAUGGGCCCCCGUGUAUAAGGGGCUGGAUUCCUUGGAUUGGAGCUGCAUUUGAGUUUGGGAAAGCCCCUCUAGAAUUUAUAGAGAAAGCAAGAUUCAAGUAUGGACCAAUAUUUACAGUUUUUGCUAUGGGAACUCGAAUGACCUUUGUUACUGAAGAAGAGGGCAUUAAUGUGUUUCUAAAAUCCAAAGAAGUAGAUUUUGAGCUUGCGGUACAAAAUCCCGUCUAUCGUACAGCAUCGAUUCCAAAGAAUAUCUUUUUAGCACUGCAUGAAAAACUUUAUAUCCUGAUGAAAGGGAAAAUAGGGACUUUAAAUCUAUGUCAAUUCACUGAACAACUAACUGAAGAAUUACAUGAACAACUGGAGAACUUAGGCACCCAUGGAUCGAGGGACCUGAACAUCUUAGUCAGGCAUCUCCUUUAUCCAGUGAGUGUGAAUAUGCUCUUUAGAAAAGGUUUGUUUCCCACAAACAAGAGGAAAAUCAUGGAGUUCCAUCAGCAUUUUCAAGUUUAUGAUGAAGGCUUUGAGUAUGGGUCCCAGGUGCCAGAAUGUCUUCUAAGAAACUGGUCAAAAUCCAAAAGGUGGUUUCUAGCAUUUUUUGAAAAAAACAUUCCAGAUAUAAAAACAUACAAAUCUGAGAAAGAUAAUUCUGUGACACUAAUGCAGGCUUUGCUGGAUGUCAUAGAGACAGAAACAAAUGAGCAAAGUCCCAAUUAUGGGCUUCUACUACUUUGGGCCUCUUUGUCCAACGCUACCCCUAUUGCAUUUUGGACACUUGGAUUUGUUCUCUCUCAACCCAGUAUCCACAAGGCCAUUAUGGAAAGCAUAUCAUCUGUGUUUGGCACAGCAGGUAAAGAUAAGAUUAAAGUGUCUGAGGAUGACUUGAAGAAACUCCCUCUAAUUAAAUGGUGUAUUUUGGAAACCAUUCGUUUAAGAGCCCCAGGUGCCAUUACUAGAAAAGUGCUGAAACCAGUUAAAAUUCUGAAUUACACUAUUCCUUCUGGUGACUUGUUGAUGUUGUCUCCAUUUUGGCUGCAUAGAAAUCCAAAGUAUUUUCCUGAACCUGAAUUGUUCAAACCCGAACGUUGGAAAGAGGCAAAUUUAGAGAAGCAUGCUUUCUUGGACUACUUCAUGGCAUUUGGAAGCGGGAAGUACCAAUGUCCUGGAAGGUGGCUUGCUCUGUUAGAGAUUCAAAUGUGCAUUAUUUUAUUAUUUUAUUAUUAUGACUGUAGUCUUCUAGAUCCAUUGCCAAAACAGCAUUCUCUCCAUUUGCUGGGUGUUCCCCAGCCAGAAGGACAAUGCCGGAUGCAAUACAAACUGAGAAAAUGACCCCUGGGCUAAGGAGGGCCAGGCGGUCUGGAGGAGUGGCUGCCUCUCAUCCACUUGCCUGGCAGCACCUAGGCCUGACCGCGACUAAAACAGGCGGCUGAACCUUGCUUUAGUAUUUAGGUGCAGAAGAUGUCCGAAUGGUGCCUGUGUUUGGAAUCUCAAGAGUAGACCAAGAAUCUGACAUCACUCUCACUGAUAGAAAGGCCAGAACACAUGGUUUACAGAAAAUGUUUAACUGAUCAAGAAGAGGAAGCAUUUCUUAAGAAGUUGGAAUUUAGUUCAUGCAAAACUGUACUAGAACUUUGAAUAGAAAUAAUGCCAUUUGAAUGAAAAUCUUAGUAGAUUAAUUCUGUGAAGACAAUAUACUUAAAUUUCUGUUUUCAGGAAGACUAGCAUCAAAAAAUGUUAAAUUAUGACUUCUGGAAAAUAUCUAUUUUUCUCAGUAUGGUUUUUAAUUAGCAGUUGGAAUUAUUGAGCUCUAUUAAUGUAAUUCUUUAUCGUAAACAUGUCUAAUGCUAAAAGUAUGAAUACAGUAAGAGCUUUCUAAGACCUGUGAAGACUGGAAGCAUGUCUACACUCAUUUCUAUACACAUUUGGGACAACACCUUCUCUUUAAGGCAUGUUUAAUAAAUGUAUGUAGAUUGAUAUAUUAAUUUGUAUUUUAAUUACGGUGAAAGCACUCUUUUAAUGCAAGGUGUUUGUAAUUACACCUUAAGAUAAUAUUUUUGCUAAUGUAUGGAAAUAAAAAUGAGUGCCAAGGCAAAUAACAAUGUUUGACUCUAUUACUUGACUUAUACUUGAAAUAUUUACUGUGAAAUCCAGAAAAGAAAUUCAGUCAUGUUCAGGGAGA